UAACAAUCCCCCCACAAUGGCGAAUGUGGGCCGCGGGGUGUGAAGAUACAGCAGUGCCUGCAGUGGUAACCGUCGGAGCUGGUUGGCAUUUUAUAAAUUAGAGAGGCGAGAAGAGCGGGGAUGGUUAGUGUGCGACUAAGCGGACUAGUGUUCUGUUGGCAUGUUAAGCCCACUGUCUGAUACAUUGUAGCGCCUUCUUUAUCAGAUAGCGGAUUAAUCGGUCUCCAUCAUGCGCUGUGGAAUAGCCACAUUGGCGUUGUUUAUGGUGUCGUGGAAUGCCGUGCAUGCCAAGUAUUCCUGGGCCGAUCAACUUAAACGGGUCAGGAAAAAUCCGGCGUUCUCUAUAAAGAAGGUGGGCCGGAGUGGGAAUCCUGGGGCCAAGCGGAAUGCCUCGAGUAGCGCCCGGUUCUUCGAGGCAGCGGAGAGCGGAUAUCCGUUAAGGCACUACAGUUUAUAUCGACCGUCUUAUCGACCGGCUUACCGACCGAGAUAUGCCAGGUACGAAUAUCGACCGGCUUACCGGCCAGUGACAUACAACCGUCCCAUCUACCGCUACGAGUCUCCGGGUUGCUACGGACACCCACCGGGAAUGUACGGCAAUCCCGGGUACAACUGCCGUGUCUUCCACAUCUGCCAGGCCGAUGGACGUUUCGAUAAGAUGGACUGUCCGGCCUCGCUCAAGUUCAACAACUAUCUCCAAGUGUGCGAUUGGCCAAAUCAGGUGGAUUCUUACUGCAAUCCCGUGUAUCCAAACCAAAACUUUUACGGAAACAGCUACAAUUAUAAUUAUGACAGCCCACGGUCGUAUUAUUACGAUGCACCGCGAGAUCACUACGAUCAGGAUUUGUACUAUGCCGGAGCGGAGACGAAAGCGGUUAAAACGAAAGCGGUAAAGACGAAAGCCAAAGAGAAAGAAAAGGAGCCAAAUGGAAAGAAAGAGAAGCAAAAGGAUAAUGUUAAAGGCGAUUAUAGUUCCGAACAUUGACGAAUGCUGGGAUAAUUUAUGCACAAAUGCAACGCCACCGGUUGUGAAUACAUACAGUAUCAAGAAGGAAUUGGGGAAUGUUUAAAUUUUGUAUGGAUAUGGUUUGCAGUAUGUAAAAUACAAGAUGGCCUAUACAGUACAGCUGCUGUGGUACGCGUAUUAAAUCGUAACAGUUCGACUUCUUUAGUAACAAAAUCAUUUGCCGAUGUAUCUGCCUUCU